GCCCUGCUGCGCGCGUAGCAUGCUGUAUGAAGUGGAGAUGGUCCUGGCCGAGGCGGCUGAGAGACACAGACCGAUGCGCAUACUUUACGGAUCCGCGAUUUCAGAUCAUUCGGCUCAUGCGCUGUUGUCAUCCGCCCACUGAUGCCCAGGAGCUGCAGGACCGACUGCACAGAGGAUCUCGGAAAGACGAGAAAAUCUAGAGUGGAGGAAGGAAAACUGCCAGUGUCGCUGCUUUUCUGUGCAUCUGUCAGGAAGUUUAGCUCCCUCUUAUUGAGAGGAACGUCUGUCAGUUUCAUUCCGAUAAUCGAAUCACAGAGAAAAGGCGGUAAGAACGAGAUAAAAACCAAAGCUCAGUUUGAUCGAUCUAACCGUCUAUCGCGCGUGAACGACUGUGCCAUGCUCGCGGACGGCCAGUCGCGUGAUUGAACGGUUGGCUUCGGUUCGGUUCGGUUCGGCGGAACAGGUGCUUUCUUUCUCCGCUCCGCUCUCACGAUGCUCGGCCAGUCUCCUCAUCUUAUCGGGGGCAUCCUGUGGAUUCAAAACCCCAUGCGAGCUGUCCACUGCAACCUGAGUCAGAAUGGGAUCGAUCACCAGGUGUGCACAGAGGAUGUGACUUCAAACCUGGAGGAAGAGCCUAUUGAUCACGGCCCGGGACUGGAUGAUGACAGCCCGGGGUUUCAGGGCCAGAGUCCAGGCUUCCAGCACCGAUCCCCACCUCAGCGCUCAGUCUCAGAGUCUGAGCUAUCCAGGCCAGGGACGGUGAAGUUGUCCAAACCGGUGGCUCUGUGGACCCAACAGGAUGUGUGUAAGUGGCUGAAGAAGCACUGCCCCAACCAGCACCAAGUCUACAGCGACUCCUUCAAACAGCACGAUAUUACAGGCCGAGCUCUGAUGAGGCUGACGGACAGAAAGCUGGAGAGAAUGGGGAUCAUGCAGGAGAGUCAGAGACAGUACAUCCUUCAACAGGUCCUGCAGCUUCGUGUCAGAGAGGAGGUCCGCACCCUGCAGCUCCUCACACAAGCCUCUCUGGAGAGUUCUCCAUAACGUGAGCAUUCCUGGAGACCCACCAGCCACCACAUGACCCUAUGACCAUCUUCUCAAAUGUCAGCAGCACACGUACCAGCCUCCCAGACCACACCAGGCUCUCCUGAACCCUUCUCUUCAGCUCCUCUCCCAGACCUGAUCUACACUUUUGUCACCUCCUCUUCUCUCCUUUUGUCUCUCCUCAACUCCCCCAAGACCAACCCCUCAAGGCUUCUCUACUGCAUUCUUCUUCCUCCACCGAGAAGAACUUCUAGGAUGUGGACCACGGAUCUUCUACAUGUCUGAACAGGAUAUCAUGAGACUAACUGCCAGAGUAGCCCCACUCACUGUAUGUAAUCUCAUCAAAUGUAGCACUUCAACCUUCCUCUUCCUGACAGUAACCUGUAUAGAACCUGUUAGUUACACAGCAUGAUAUUCUGCCACACACUAGAUCUCCUAAUGUUUGAGUUCUGGCGUCUUUUCUUUUUUCUUUUUUUGUCUAUUCCUGUGUCUCUUUUUCUCACUUUCUUAUCCUGUUCCUGUGACUUCCUCUUCACCUCUCUACAUGACAGCGGAAGAACUACGUAAGAAUUGCAUUUUGCACAUCUGUGUAUUAUCUAACCCUCCCUCCUCCCCCUGUGUUUCAGUCUGCUGUCUCCUUCUGUCGUGUGAACUGUCUGUUGUUGCCUCGUUUAACGACUCAUCUCUUGGUUCUGGUUCUUUGUCCCCGUGAUCGCACUCCCAUGACGUUCCUCUAUCACAGCACCAAGUCCCCCACUAGUCUCUCCCUCAGUCUGAACUGCACUGUGACUUUGACCAGGUGUCUUAAAGCGACAGACCACCCCACCCUGCCACAGGGGGCGCUACACCCCAACCCCAUCUACUUUCAGCACUGGAGUAGAAAUUGUAUACUCUGAUCUCCUGAAAUGAAGACAAUUUGACAUGCGUGACCUCCAUGGGAACUGACCUGAAUGGGACCUGAAGUGGAAACUUCCAUUGGAACUGUAUCCAUUGUAAAUCAUUGGAAAAUGGCCAGUAAUUCUCUUGAAGGAAGGAUGGGUGUGUUCCGCAGAAGAUUAGACCUCCCUCCUCUAACUCUUGAUGUUGCCACGAAAAAGAAAAAAACUAGAUAUGAAAUAACAUUAUUAAGAUAUGAUUAUAAACAUCUAGAAAAGGAAGACCUGUGUAUAGAAGAAAAGAGGUUCGAGAUAUCUACCAAGGGGAGUAUCGUUACCUGUCUGCUGAGCUUUCUUGAGUUGUCACUGUCGUGUGAUUAUGGCCAUACACUGUUAUCUUUAUUACUAUGAAGCACAUGGAACAGCUGGGUCAAGUGGACUAAUCUUGGCAUUGCUUGGUCAUUGUCACCUUUGUCUUAAAGCAUAAGUCGUCCAGUAGCUUACAAAAAAAACAAACUAACCACACUCUCACAACUGUAGCAUGAUACAUAUCACUAGCCUUCCAGUGAAGCAGAAGAAGGAAAUUAGGAAUUGAUCUAAACGAACAGUUCCCGUUUGUGUUGAAGGCCGAGGGUGGCAUGUGAAAUUGAAGGGUGCAUGAAGUCGAUUCAUGUUGCAAGAUGGGAAUCUGUAGCAGAUUGAAUGUUAUCGAUUAGACUGUAUCUCGUGUUAGCUAACCCAUGGUUUACAAGAAAAGUGCUGCAACUGAGAUGCACAUGGGGAAGGCAUGUUCCAAUUAAGCCAAGAGCUACCAUUUCAUGGCUGGAUGAAGCCUCGGCAUCACUGCUACACAGAAGGGCGCCACUAGCUUUGUGAUUAUUGAUGUGGUAUGUAGUGAUAUAGCGGUAAGAGAAGCAUAUAAUUGCUCUUCUGACUGUAGAGAGCUACAGAGACUGUUUCAGGACCUGUUACACAGGAGUCAUAUAAGUUCAAGGGCAUUUUUUAGAUAUAGUCAUAUUUAUUUAGCUGUCACUAAUUAUUAAUGUUAAUAAUUAAUGUUGGCCUCUAAUCCUUGUUAAUGACUAACAAGGAAUGCAGAAUUAACUCUAAAUGUACUGUGACUUUGGAAUAUUGAAGUAUCAGAGACACUUUCUCUCUGCACUGAGGAAGUUUCCUUACAGAGCAACCUUAGAUCUGAAGCUUAUGAAACUGUGGUACAUUGAGCAUAGCGCUGAAGUUCUUCAAAAGACUAUUUCCAUUUACAGAAUUACUCACACUAAAUAUUAAACAUUAAACUAAAUGUUCAGAGUUUUGGUGUUUCUGGGGCAUUUGCAACCAUUUCACAGUGACAAAUUGUGACUCUUCUGUUUUGGUUCUGUUUUUGCUUUUUUUCUGUUGCAUGCUUAUGGAAGGGGAACCGUUUGAGGAAAGGAAAUUUGAUGACCACUGGGAAAUUUGACACUUAAUGUUCCAUGAUAUUGCAAAAUGUCAAAAUAGGAAAGAUGGUAGUCAAGAUAUUCUUCAGUGUUGAACUUUUGAAAGGGCCCACACUCUAGAAGGACAGAACGCAACACAGAACACAAACUAAACAGUUUGCCUUCAGUUGCACAUCCCACAGAUAUGUUAGACCCUUUGCCUCAAGUUGUUAAAGAUGGCUACACCAUAGAAUCAUGGACAUUUACCUUGGAUUGGGAUGAGAGUCUGAGCCUAAGAGCAAAUGAUACAAGUUUAAUUAACAAGCGAUAUACCUCCAAGUGCUCAUGUCUGUGUACCUUGAUGUUCUUCUGCCUCGGGCAAAUUCACUCUAAUGAUGUAUGGGCUCCAGGCCACAGAUCUUAGAGGAAGAGAGCUGAUCUAGGAUCAGGUCUGUCCUAUUCAUAUAAUAUUAGUCUAAUAUUAGUCUCCAAAAACAGCUCUCCUCUUGAAUGCAAAGCUCUACUGAUGUAGAUGGGAUAUAGAUGGCUGUAUCUGUGGUACUGCUGCUGUGCUGUUGCAUCACACUACUGUUCAAAAAUUUGGAAUCAACAUUCAAACAUUUCUAUAUCAAUUUCAAUGAUCCAAUUUCAUUCCAGGUACACAUAUAAAAUGAUUCUAAUAUGAUUGUGCAACUACACAGGUUUCAAAUAAUACAGAAAUAAUUAAAAAAUUGUUUUUGGAACGAUGAACAGACCAUAUAUGAUUCUGAAAUGACAAAUGAAGUUAGAAUAGCAUUGAAUGAAUGUAACAAUAAAAUUAAUAUGAAUGCCACAUUAUUCAGAAAUGAUCAGAUCUGGAGGUAAUCAUUGACAAAAGAUUUGUAAAUAUAUAAUUAUGCUUUAUUAUUUAUCAGUUAAUAAUUAUGUUCCUAAAACACUUGGAAUGUUGAAUAAAACAUCUAAAAUACCCCUGGUGUCCAGUUUUGAAUAUAUACUAUGUAAGUUGUUACUGCAUGUAUGAUAACAAUUUUUCUAUGUACAAACACAAUUUAAUUCCCACUGCUAGCUAGAUUUUUCCUGUCACAUGAUGCUCCCAAACUGUGAGGUUGAAGGCUAACACAUGCCUCUUCUAAGCUGCAUGAAGAGCCACCACAUGUUUUCUAACAUAACAUCAUUGUACAGCUCAAAAUAAUUGGAUGAGAACUGUAACUGCCAGAUCUGUAAUUUCAAUGAACAGACGCCCAUGUUGGCUGGCAUCUUGCUGAGUAAUAGGGGGAGUGAGGACCAUCCAUUGGAAGACAGUUAUACUCUCAUAUGCUCUGUACUGGGAUAUUUUUAUCAGUGAUGUUAACGCUUUGCCUUUGCACCCCUUAAUCCAAGGGUGUCAAACUCAACCACUGAAAGGGCCAUAUUAAAAAUCUGGGUGCCAGCUGGGUUUUUAUUUAAUUUUUACUUAACAUUUUGCCCGAACAAUCUGUUAUUUUUUCAAAAUAUACCAAAACUGCAACAGCAAAUAGGCAUUGAAUACAUAUUCAAAUAUAAUUCUAAAUAAAAAUAAAUUGUUUUAGGUAUUUUUUUUUUAAAAAACUGCCCGUUGAACUAAACACCAGGUGUCUUCUCUUUUUGUUUAACUGCUGACCCAUAGAUGAUGUUGUUGGGGUCAAAACACACACUUUGUUGCAGGGCAUGCUGGGGACUAUAGUGCAUAUGAGGGUGAAAUUAACUAAUAAGAAUAGAAACCUAAAAUAAUUUUGCAGGCCAAGUGGGACUGUCACGGGCCUUGUGUUUGACACAUGGGCCUUGAACUGUAUACGCUUUCUCAGUAUACAGUGACGUCCUCAGCAAGAAUGAAAAACAGCUCCUUUAAUUUCUAAAUCUGAAUAAUUUCAAAAACAAACCCCCAUGACAUUCAUAAAUGUUUUACUGGAGCAUUACACAAACUUUUUUUCACUCACAAAACUAACCAAAAUAUUUAACAGUGCAAAUAAAAUAGUCACAGAAUGAUUCCAUUUUACACCUACUGGCUGUAGUGUAGCUGUUGCUGCAUUUCCCAGAAAUAUAUCAGUUUUGGUAAUAAUAUAUAAUUUAUCUGUAAUUUUCUAGGUCUCAUGGUGAUCAGUUGCUGUGUCAGUUUUACAGCGAUUUCAGCACCAACACCUCACACUUAACCCCUUCUUUAAUUUAAUUAUCUUUAAACUCUCAGGUAAAAGUGCAGGUCUGAAAGGGGCUUUGGACAUCAGUCAUCAAGUUUGUGAUCUUGUAACAAGAGGGCCAGCACUUAACAAAAAUUAGUCAUAAGUCAAGUGAUUCUCAACAUUUGAACAGUAGUGUACAGUAGCACAUCAGCAAGUGAGUUAGAAAAGUGUCAGCUCAUCCGUCUCCUUGAUUUGGGUGAUGUCUAGGGCAGAGCAGUCCUCACAGAAGACCUGAACAAACGUAUAUACACAGGGACAGGACAUCCACACUUAUACAUGCAUGCUCGCAUCCAUACAUGCAUACAAACAUGUACUUUUUUCCUACAUAACCAUACUUAUACUGUGCUAAUACGUUUGUACUCUCUGAUGCGAUAUCCAUGCAUAAGACUGCAGACUCACCACAACAUGGUUGACAAUAACUGCUCUGAUCUCCUUCACUAUGGUAGCAUAUGUUCUUUUCUCCUGUUGUGUACGAGACAAGCAUGCUGAUCAAACCUUCACAGCCCUGACCUUUUCUCCAUCUCCGUAUAGCGUGCCUAAACAUGGAUAUCGAUUAUAAAGUGUGAAAAUGUCUAAUAAAUUAUAAUAAAUAUAUUAAUAUAUCUGAGGCCCUG